AGUUCCAUUCUGGUUCCGGGAUCUCCUGAUUUCCAAAUGACACACAGCAAAUGAUCUGAAACAGAGCUGGGUGUGGAGGUCACAUCACAACACAGAUACAUGUUACGUCUUCAAAAAGCUGUCCCUUUCAUUGUACCUCAGCAGUACCAUUUCAUCAACCAGUCCCUGACUUGGUCUGAGGCGCAGAGCUACUGCAGAUUAAAGUACACCGACCUGGCCACUGUGAGGAACAUGGUUGACAACAAGAAUCUGCUGGUCUUCUUGGACGGCCUGGACACACAGUCCUGGAUUGGGCUCAGGAGAGGACCGUGGAGAAGUUGGAAAUGGUCUGAUGGCAGCGGGGACCUGGGAUUUAGCAACUGGCAACAAGGAGAGCCAAACUAUGGUGCAGAGGACGAAUUUUGUGUAAUGAUAUAUUCCUCUGGUACAUGGAAUGAUGACUCAUGUGAAGCGUUGAAAGAUUAUAUUUGCUCUGAAUACGGGGAUGAUGGCCAAGAAACCUACGUGUAUUAUACUACCAAAAGAAAUUAUUUUGCGAGUCAAGCGGACUGCAGGAGUCGGGAUGGCGAGUUGGCUAGUGUAAAAGAUGGGUUGGACAGUUCAAAAAUUACCAGUGUGGCUGAAAGUUGGCAGAGCACUGCAUGGAUUGGUCUUCAAACGGACCAAUGGGAGUGGUCUGAUGGAAGCACAACCUCCUUCAGGUAUUGGCUGAGCUUCCCUCCUGCUUCAGGGGGCUGCGUUACUGUGUCAAUGCCAAAUCAGGGGUUCUGGGUUUCAUCAGACUGUAACAACAAAGCCACGUUUGUCUGUGGAGGUGGUGAGUAACUGAAGAAGAAAGUCCUAAGGAUUCAGGUGGACUCAGGUGUGGAUCUCACUAACUUGCCUGUCAGUGGUGAAAUCCUGAAACAGUUGGAGACACGCCUAAGAGAACAGGGGGUGACAGAUUUCAACCUUUACUGGAGAACUGAUCAACAUGGACGUGCCUUCAGGCGCCAGGAGCAAGAGGUUAAGCCUGCAGGAUGAUAAUUAUUUAACCAAGGAGUCCUAAGUGAGGAGAGAAACAAGAUCUCUCUCUCUCUCUCUCUCUCUCUCUCUCUCCUCUCUCUCUCUCUCUCCUCUCUCUC